AACAUUGAGCGUUAAGCAUCAAUCACUAGAGCGUGUUUGAUAAUUACUAUCUGACCAGUUUAAUAAAUUGCUGAGGUUUGGUGGUAUGUCACCAAUCAAGACUUUACAAAGGAACCAGAACAUGUCACAUGAGGCCCAAACUGUCGACAUCACGGUUCAUUUUAUGUACAUUACUAUUAUGUUUGCAUCAUGUUUCCCGCUCCUCUCUCCCUCCUCUCUCAGAUGGAAAACUUUACGUACAACAGCCUCACUCUGCAGCUCGAGGGGUUAAGUGUCACCAAGACCAACAAGUACACAGUCUUCUUGUUCCUGCUGCUGGCCUACACCUUCAUCUUAGUCGCCAACGUGGGCAUCGUGAUCCUGAUCUGGACGGAUCGGAACCUCCACCAGCCGAUGUAUCUGCUCUUCUGCAACCUCUCGCUAAACGACGUGAUGGGAAACUCCCUCCUGGUUCCUCGGGUGAUCGCCGACAUCCUGGUGCCGCCGUCCGAGCGCCUCAUUCACUACUACGAGUGUCUGAUGCAGGCGUUCACCACGCACAUGUUUGGCACCAACGCUCACACCGUGCUCAUGAUCAUGGCACUCGACAGGUACGUGGCCAUCUGUGACCCACUGCGCUACACUACAGUCAUGAACCGGCGGAUGGUGGUGACGCUGACGUUGUCCGCCUGGGGAUCGGCAUUUGUUUUGGUCGCCGUCCUGCUCGGUCUGACCAUUCGACUGAACCGAUGCAGGACUCUGAUCAUGAACCCGUACUGUGACAACCCCUCGCUCUUUAAACUCUCCUGUGAGAAUUCUUUCAUCAGUAACAUCUACGGCCUCACCUUCACCGUCGUGCUGCUCUCCUCCUCCAUCGGCGUCAUCAUCCUCACAUAUUCUAAAAUCACGGCCGCCUGCGUCAUCAACAAGAACAAGUCUUUGAACAGUAAAGCCCUGAAGACCUGCAGCACUCAUCUGAUUCUGUAUCUGAUCAUGCUGGUGAGCGGGUUUAUCCUCAUCAUCCUGCAUCGCUUCCCUCAGUACGCAGAGUACCGCAAGAUUUCAGCCAUUCUGUUCAACGUCGUCCCCGGCAGCCUGAACCCCCUCAUCUACGGCCUCCAGUCUCAGGAAAUACACAGGAGCCUCUCACAUAUGUUCCACAUGAAAAAAGCUGCACCAACGUUGUGAUUCUGGAGUAAAUCUGUGACCCGAAACUUUAAACAUUAAAACUGCAAAAAGUAGAAAUGUGGACAUGUUUCUUUGUUUCCUUCUACAGUUCUUUAUAUCAGGGGUCUCAAACUCAAAUUACAUAGAGGCAGUAUAAAAGUGACAAAAAAAAGACGCAAAAUUACUAAAAAAUGACCCAAAAAAGACACAAAAUGACCCAGAAAAUACACAAAAUGACCCAAAAAAUAAACAAAAUUAAAAAAAAAAGAGACAAUAAAUACGAAAAAAAGACA